AUAUAUCUAUGACACUCAACAAGGAAAUGUCCCAUGAUCAGAAUUAUACAGAAUACGCAGAUUUUAUUUAGAUAUAUUAUGCUCUGCUUUGCUUUAUGUAGCAGCAUUGUUUAAAAAGUACGUUAAAAGAAAAUUGGCGAGUUGAUAUUUCCCCCGUGGUGACUGACAUGUGUUUGUGCCGCGAGAGGAGGCGCGUGUGCGGGGGUUAAAGUUGACGCUUCCGGCCGGUGUCUCUCUUCAGCUCUCCGCUUCCCGCAGACAGUCCUUCACUCCGCACAGCCAUGUCCAACGUCGCCGACACCAAACUAUAUGACAUUCUCGGGGUCUCCCCUUCGGCCUCCGAGAACGAAUUAAAAAAGGCUUAUCGCAAAUUAGCAAAGGAAUAUCAUCCUGACAAAAACCCAAAUGCUGGAGACAAGUUCAAAGAGAUUAGCUUUGCAUAUGAAGUUCUUACAAAUCCAGAGAAGAGGGAUAUGUAUGACCGCUAUGGGGAACAGGGUCUGCGAGAAGGUGGCUGUGGUGGAGGUGGGAUGGAUGACAUCUUUUCCCACAUCUUUGGCGGUGGUCUGUUUGGUUUCAUGGGUGGACAAGGCAGGAGCAGGAAUGGAGGGCGACGGAGAGGGGAAGAUAUGGUUCACCCACUAAAGGUGUCUCUUGAAGACUUGUACAAUGGAAAAACAACCAAAUUACAGCUGAGCAAGAAUGUUCUGUGUAGCACUUGUAAUGGUCAAGGUGGGAAGUCUGGUGCGGUCCAGAAGUGCACAGCCUGCAGGGGGCGUGGCAUGCGUAUUAUGAUUAGACAACUCGGUCCUGGCAUGGUCCAACAGAUGCAGUCAGUGUGCACUGACUGUAAUGGUGAAGGUGAGGUGAUCAGUGAAAAGGAUCGCUGCAAAAAGUGUGAGGGGAAGAAGGUGAUUAAAGAGGUGAAGAUUCUGGAAGUGCAUGUUGAUAAAGGCAUGAAGCAUGGACAGAAGAUCACUUUUGGAGGAGAGGCUGACCAGUCGCCUGGAGUAGAACCUGGAGACAUUGUUCUGGUCCUGCAGGAGAAAGAGCAUGAGACAUACAGAAGAGAGGGCAAUGACUUGCACAUGACUCAUAAGAUUGGCCUUGUUGAAGCACUUUGUGGGUUCCAUUUCACAUUGAAACACUUAGAUGGCAGACAGAUUGUGGUGAAAUACCCAGCUGGCAAAAUCAUUGAGCCAGGUUCAGUCAGAGUUGUUCGGGGAGAAGGAAUGCCCCAGUACCGCAACCCCUUCGAGAAGGGCGACCUGUUUAUCAAGUUUGAUGUGCAGUUCCCAGACAACAACUGGUUGAGCCCAGAGAAGCUGAAGGAGCUGGAAGACCUGCUGCCUACACGGGCCGAUGCUCCAGUGAUCUCUGGAGAUGUGGAGGAGGUGGAUCUGCAGGAGUUCGACAUGAGCCAGAGCUCCUCUGGUGGUCACCGCCGCGAGGCCUACAAUGACAGCUCAGAUGAGGAAGGAGGACAUCACGGACCCGGCGUUCAGUGUGCCCAUCAGUAAACAUGACUACAGCAGAUAACGUCUCCAACAGUGGGGAUUAAGAAAAUGUUCUAGUUGCACAAACAGGUGUUUAUAAUCUGAUUCAGGGCUGCCUUAAAUGAUGAGAAUUACAAACAGCCAUUCCUGACCGCCUGAUUCCCUUGUAGUAAACGCACAGAUGAUCCUGCAUAUAGUAAAAUCCUUUCUUGCCCCUGCGGCCCUCUAGACAUGACCCCACUUCAGAGAGUAAAGGGUAAAUGCUACGUUCUCUGUGUGUAACUUGCAUUUAUUUUUUUUGUUGUUGUUGUCAUGGUAUUUACAAGUUUAAAUUGAAGUAUAAAUGCAGUUUUGGCCCUGGACUAUUGUUGGAGAGCAGUGACCCAAUGGAAGAGGAGUUUUGAGAGCUCCUAAUACAACAAAAACAAAUAAUUAAAAAAAAAAGGCAACCAUGGGACUUGAUCAUCAAUCCAUUUUUAGGUUUGUUUAUCUGUGCGCAGUUUUUACCACUUUAUUUUAUUUGUAGACCUUUUUUUUCCUUUCUUUGAUAUUUUAAGAAUUGGAGCAAGAGACUAUAAUAUGUAUAAAAGAAUUGAUUGUCAUUUAAGCUUUGUAUCAGCUGCUGUCACAUUUGCGUGUUUUGUUUUGAAAUCGUUGAAAUGAAAUCAAUUGCCUAUAUUUGUCAGCAAUCCAGGUGCAUGUUGAACAUUCUGGCCCCUUCACGUCCAUCAGAGAGACGUCAUGCUGAAAUAAAACGAGUGGAGGAAAAAAGCACCUUUAGGCUUAUCUUCUGUGAAAAGUUUGAGUUGUUGAAUAAAAUGUCCUUCAAUAUCUCCUCAAAA